UACACUCUACCAGAAUCGAAGUUAGGUCUUUUGGUUGGAAGAAAAAGCGCGGGAAUCACAGAUAUUAGACUGUGGAUUAUUGACCGUGGGUUAUUGCCAACGACGGCGAUGAACAACGGCGAACCCUCAUCGGAGAUGGAAAGGGGAACCCUAGUUACCAUAGAUCUGAAGCGUGAUGGUGUUGAGGAUCUUACAGACGACCUUCAUCACCUUCCUUGCUGCAUUAAAUCCACCGGUCCUGCCUCUGUUUCUCACUACUUCAAACCAAAGCCUACUGGGAUUGAGGUCGAGGGUUUACCGCUACAGGAAGCGUACUUCAGAGGCAGGAAGUUAGAUGGAACAACGAUCCUUCUCCCAAAUGGCUAUCGCGGUUUCGUAUUGGGAAAGAAAAGUCUGGAUGGCUUGAAGUCAUCUGCUGCCUCCUGUUCCGAAAACUCAAAUUCCUGGGAGAUGAAGGCAACGUUUCUAAACAUUACAUAUUGGAACCAUGAUUGCCUUCCUUCACAGAAUGAUGAUUUCAUGCGUGCUUUUCAUUGUCUUACGAUUGCAAAGGCUCUGCACACACCUGUAACACCUGAGGAUUUAGCUUCAACAUCUUCUGCUCUCUAGAGACUCGACUGGCCUGGAAGGAAGUGUUGUGACCUUACUGAAUUUCAGCUGAUCUGUUAAUGUAAUUUAUUGAUUUAUGUUCUCUUCAAUGUAACUUUGUUGAGUCAUUUUACUUAUAUGUAUAUGCAUAUCUAUCUGUGAAUAGUAGAUGCAUCAUUUGAUUUUCUUAUCUUGGAGAAAUGAUCGAGGGUGCUUAUCUUGGA